AUGGAGAAGGAUCUUGAGAGCCAAAAGAAGCCUCUUCAAAAGACGGCUCAAUACAUCUUAUCUGAAAAAAGACUUGUCAAACUCGCAUUCCUAUGCCCUAAAACAUCUCAAAGAAAAUUCUAUUCCAUUAGGAAGAAGCUUGGAGUCAUUGUAUCCAUCUCUCAAGAUGAAGAUGAUAAAGAUUCACUCAUUACUAUUUCUUCCACUGAGGUUGUUGAAUUCAACUCCCCAACAGAAUCUGCUUCUUUUGAGAUGUGUGAGCUACUCAUGGACAUGCCAGAGAAGGCUCAUCUCAAACGUUUGAAGGUGGGAUCCUAUAGGAUCCGAAUCCUUGGAGAUGACAAAGAAUGCUUUGAGGUUGAUUUCGUUUAUACAUGGACUUUAAUCACCAAAACCGAAAUUUGUUUCAUUCCAAGGAAUGAAGAGUCGUUUGUGAUUCAGGAGACUCUUCAAGCUCGGUGGAGAGAGCCUUCACUAAAGUGA